UUCUUCCAUCCUAAUUACCGAACAAGAUUUUUCCACAGGCCUUUCUAUUAUAUUAUAUUAUAUACUAAUUCUAAAGGUUUCUAUAUUUGGUCAACUUCAAGCUGUAAUCGAAGCUUUUGCAUUGUACGAGAUGGAAAAUAUCGGUUCCAAACAAAUCGAAACUCCUGGAUCAUGUGGCAACUAAUUAGAUACUACACGUGUUCCUGUGAUACGAACGAAGGAAUCACGCAUGCACGAUACAAAGCUCAUCAAACGUUUGUAGUAACGUGAAACACCAUUGAUCUAUCGGCUAACCUCAUUACAUUCUGUUUAAACACACUCCAUACAAGUUAAUCAUACAAAUGAAAAGAGAAACAGCAAAAAUAAAAUGAAUCAAUCUUGCAUCAGCAACAAUGGAGUCCUGGGAUUCGCGAAACUCGGCCCGUGCUUCGACAGGAUCAAACCACUUUUGGGUCCCAGCUUGGAAAACAGGAUUCGCGCGAUGCUCGAGGAGUUUGUUUGCGAGUCGAACUCGGACUGUGCAAAACGAUUUCCACGAGUGAAGAAAUUCCUGAACAUGGUCGCCGCAUGGACCGACCGUUUGGACGUCUCUGCCAAGGACACGGAUAUCAGGCAGGAAAUGAUUAAGCGCACGAUCGAAUUUCUGCUGAAGGAUGGCCUAGUGACACAAUUCGCAGAUCCGGCCAUUCUCAACAGAGGGUCGAAUAAAUUAGACGCCGAUUCCUUGGCCGCCGAGCAGAAUGCCUUGAAGACCAUGAACGUCUGGAGGUUUAUCAACGAGAAGGACUACUGGCUGUGCCAAGAUUGCGCGUGAGUGUGUAUUUUCACGAUAUGUCGUACCGCGAUAGAAGGAAAUAUUAUAAUAGUCUUCUCUCGCAAAUGCAAUUAUUUUCUUUUAAAUGUAAUCAUUUUGCAAAGUGUAAGAAAAUAACGAGGAAUUUAGAAAAUGACCGAUUUAGAAAAUGAUUAUCUCACCAUCGUCGAGAUUUCCUGCGUUCGUUCUGUUAUCGGAUGUGAAAGAUAUAUACAGUGUUAGAAAGUAUUCGAACACUUGUAGGAACUUUUCGCGUGUAUAUUAUACAAAACA